AUAACAAACUCCACGUAGCAAGAACCAACAUGGAUGCGCCCAUUCAGGAAGCCUCACUGUAUACUGUUAAGGCAAUUGCCAUUUUGGACAACGAUGGAGAGCGACUCGUUGCAAAGUAUUAUGAUGAUACAUUCCCAACUACAAAAGAACAGAGGGCAUUUGAGAAGAACCUUUUUGAUAAGACCCAUCGUGCGAAUGCUGAAAUAAUCAUGUUACAGGGCCUAACCUGUGUCUACCGUAGCAAUGUGGACCUGUAUUUUUACGUUAUCGGCGGAUCGUCAGAAAAUGAGCUCUUAUUGGUUAGUGUGUUGAGCUGCUUGUAUGACAGCAUCAGUCAGAUUCUAAGGAAAAACGUGGAGAAGAAAGCUUUGUUUGAACAUUUAGAUUCAGUUUUCCUGGCUGUUGAUGAGAUAGUAGAUGGCGGUAUCUUUAUGGAAUCUGAUUCAAACACGAUUAUAAGUAGAAUUGCACUGAGAGGGGAUGAAGUACCAAUAUCUGAACAGAACUUUGCACAGGGUAUCUCAGCUAAGCUACAAGUUUUCCAAAGUGCGAAGGACCAAUUGAAGUGGUCGUUACUAAAGUAACAACAGUGAAAAACAAAUGUUUUGCAGCAACAACAGGACUUAACAUUACAACCUCAUACUGGUUUAGGCGUAUGCCUGGAAAAAAAACCUUCCCAAUAAUGAAUUGGAGGCAGUUCGAGUUUUAAUUUAGUUUUCUAAUAUUUUUUUACAACAAAUACUUUAUUUGAAAACAUAAGGAUCCAUAAUUUAAAGAAAAUAUAUAUGUAAAGGUUUUUUCCAACAAGUGAAAUAAGUUUUAUAGAAAUCUAAUUAAAUUAUUGCAUUUUCAUGUUAGUGAAUUGAACUAUGUAUAUUUCAUUUCACAGAUUAAUCAUAGUCACUGCUAAGGUAUAAAGAUUGAUUGCCUGAUUGAUUGACUGAUUGAUUGAUUGAUUGAUUGAUUGAUUGAUUGAUUGAUUGAUUGAUAGAUUGAUUGGCAGUCAACUUACAGUAUUAGUAAAUGUUUCUGUUAUGGAAACAAUUGCCUGAUUAAAAUAUAUUUUAUUCUUUCGGCUUAUUAAACCUUUACUUUACUGUAUUGUUAUUUUGAAAAUAGGAAUCUGUAUGUACAUACACUACCUUUACACCUUUUAAUGGCUGUUACUAGUUGGUUUAUUAUUUUCUAAUUUCCUUAUAAUAUAUACAACUUACUAUGAUAUACAAUUUGAUUUAAAGAAACACCUCAAUGAAAGCAUGAUAUAUUUUUAAACAUCAUCACUGGUUGAGGAGUUGUCACUACCAAGUUUUAAAAUAUCAUGUUUUAUUUAAUAUAUAUAACGUUUUAUUUUUUAUUAUGCAAUGUCUUGAAAACUUUCUGUCUCUUAGGAAUCCACACCAGCUUGGCCACUUACUGCGCACGAUGGUCGUAGGCUGACGUGUUUCCAUGGAGCGUGCAACGAUCCAUUGCGCGCGCGCCAUUAAGACUGCCACCAACUAUUGGUGUUGGAUGUACGACCGCCAUACAAUGCAGUGACUGCCCAGCUUAAUUUUAUAUUUGAGGGAAUAAAGAAUGUGAAAUAAUAGACUUGUUUACCCCUGAGUACAGGUUGGAAGUUUGGGGUUGUUGUCAUCAUCAACAUUGUUUUUCUUUUUGUCUACAACAUUGUAUUUAUUUCCUGGAACAUACAGUAUUCUAUAUUUGUUCAACUUGUGUUUCCUUUUUUUCUUUAUUUAUCAUUCUGAAACAUACUGUAAGUAGAAACUCUAUAUUGUCAUGGUGAUAGGUUUUUUGUUGCAUUGUAGAAACAAAUUGAAAAAAAUAAAUAAAUAAACAAGGUGUAAAGUGGACGGUGUCCUCGCCUAUCCUAAACAAAAAAAAAGAAGAUAUCCCUUUUGCUAAUUUAUUACCGUGUCAUAUUGAAACAAUAAAAAGCUAUCUAAAACAUUAAGACAAGCCUACCUGGUGUAUCAUGUAUGAUAAUGUCCUAAUAUUUAGAUUGAUUGAUGCGUAAUAAUAAUGUUUUUGACAAAAGAGAACUUUAUAUUGCUCGUCAAUACUAUGUACCAAUUAUUUAUGACUAUGCAUUAGUCCUAUAAAAUUUACCGAAAAUCUGCAGGCUUAAUGAAUAUUCAUAUGGUAUGUAUGAAUGUGUUAGUAAAGUACAUGAAUAUUCAGCUUUUAAACAGAUUAAUAUGCGACAGGCUAAAUGAAUAUGCAUUAGGGAUGUAGAUAUAAUAUCGAUUCUUGUAUAAUAAGCCUUACCUAUAGAUCAGUAACCAAUAUGUUGAAUGAAUAAUAAUGUUUAUUAUGCAUAUAACGACAAUCGAGAGGAAUGCUAAAUGUGCAUUAGACCUUCAGUAUAUGUUAAUAAUCGAUAUGCUUUUAAAACUGAUUGGAUUAACAUAUUAUUCCUUAAGUGUGCAGUUCGCUCAUCGGUUUUUCUUAUGAAUAUGCAUUAUACAUAAUAUUUUACUGAUAAUUGAUAUGCUUAAUACGUAAUUAUUAUUAACGCCUUUGUUUUUUCAUAUGCAAGGUUUGCAUUCAUUAUUAAAUAUUAUCUACAGUGAAAACCUUA